GCGACGAGGGCGAGGCCAUAGUCCUCUUAGACAACAUGGGCACCUGCCCAGCUUCGCUUCGAGGCAAGUUCUAUCGAUUCGGACGCGAUCAGUACCCCAGCAGCCAGCAGAUCGUGGACUGGGCCAAGGCGCAGGUGUCGCAGAUCCGAGCUGCUGGGGAAGAGCCGCUGGCGAUGACCCACUACAUCGACGACACUGGCGCUCGGGUGCCUCUCGCUGGCGUCGGGAGGCGCCUCCGCCUUGGCGCUGCCCCGCCCUUGCCUGCGGGGGGGGGCCUGACGCCGCUGGGGGUGCUGCCGCUGCGGGCGGCGGCGUGGCCGCCGACGGCGGGGGUGUCGGCGCCUGGGCUCCCGUGGGGCCCGCGGCCGCGGCUGGCGCUGGGGCCCCCGUUGCUGCAGGCGCGCGACGGGCCCGCUGUCGAUCGGGUCUGGCUCGUGCGCGAGAGCGCCGAGGGCCACGAUGCCCUCGGUAUGGAGGUCGCGCUCACGGCAGGCGACAUCGCCAUCACCAGUCACGAUGGGCUCGUCUUUCGACAUGGCGGUUUCUUGAGGGUUCGGUCCGUGCUGUCGAGCGAGUGCGUGAGAUUCGCCGCCCGCUCGAGGGAAUCGGUUCAAAUCUUCGAGAAGGCUGUGCAGGAGAGCCGCGAGGAGCCCAUCACGGCCGUGGAGGUGCAGGGCCCGCCUGGCACCCUCCACCUCGCUCGGUUCCUCGAGCGCUACGGUGGCGACCCUCGGCGGUGGUGGCAGGGUUUCGCUCGAGACCAUGGCAUCAGCAAGACGGACAGGGCUUACCAUGAUAUGACGGACCUCACGGAGAGUUUCAAGCUGUUCGGGGAGUAUGGUCAGUUCAACUUGGGGGCGUCCGCGGGCAUCGAGAAGCUGACGAGGCGCAUGCUCGGGGUGGUCGACGCCUUCUCGUCGGGCACGGGCGUGCCGAGUUGGAAGAUGACUGGCGUCUACGAGGGCGAGGCCAGCUCAAUGGGCGCCAUCGCCCCCGCCCUGCGCAAGUGGGGCCUCGCCAAGGUGAAGGACCAUAACGAGAUGGAGCAGGCGCUGCGGGCCGUGGCGACGGCGGCCGAGGCCGCGGUGCAGGGGCAGGACGGGGGG